AGCAGAUUCGUUAAUACGCUUUGUUAGUAAAGCUGAAAAUAAUAGUAAAUUCUUUUGUGAAGCUAACAUUGAUAAUUACAAUGAUAUUUCCAUCAGAUCUUGUAUUCCUGUUUCAUUAAGAGCUGGAAUGAGAGAGGUCUCGAUCCGAGCUCCUUGUUGUAAAAGAUGGUUUGAUUGUGCAGAAUGUCAUGCAGAAGUGGCAGAUCAUCAAAUCCAUAAAACUGUAGAGAUGGUCUUUGCUUGUAAAAAAUGCAAAAAAGUUUUUCGUAAAGAUAUGGAAAAUUUUGACGAAACAGACGAGUAUUGUCCUAACUGCGAUAACCAUUACGUUCUUGAUGCCAAAACACCACAAUUUGGAAUUGGUGUGGAGGGUGAUGAUCCAAGGAAAGAUAAUAGAAUGAUCAAAGAUGAGCGAACGAAAAUUGAUUCAGAAAAAAGUAUUUUCAAUCAAGAUUUAUCACAUCGAAUGGGAUAA